CAAUCAGCCAUAUUGACAAAUCUAGUAGCAAGAAUAAACUUUUGUCUUAGACGAAAUUUGUCUUAGAUCAAAAUGAAAAUUAUUGUUUCAUUUUUUAUCGCGAUCAACGUGAUAGCAUUUUUCACCAUUGUCGAUGCUCGUAAUCUUUUGAAGACAAACAACUCAUCGAUUGUUCACAACAAUGGUAUGCCUGAACAUCAUGUUCCUAUUUCGGUACAAACCAAUUCAAUGAAUCAAACAGAAAAAUCAACAAGUAAAAAUGAUCGGCAAUCAUUGGGUGAUGAGGAACAUUACGUCAAAGUUGGUAAUUUUUCAAUACCGAAAGAAUUUUUCUCACCUGAAGCACAAGGUUUUAUGGAUCUUAUCCUAAAAGGAUUUGGUAUUCUUAAUAAAUUUCUUGAUCCAGACGAAAAUAAGGGAAGUGGUGGAAAUAAUCAAAGUCCAGUAAUCACCAAUAUUAUCAACAUUAGUUUAUCAACGAAUGAUUUUCCAAAAAAAAUUAAUCAAUUAUCAUAAUUUUGAUGAAAAUUGAAAAUCAAAAUGAAUUUCAAAUAAAAGAAUAAACUUUAAUUUCUACCAAACA